AUGGAAACGGCCAUACUGAAUGCUUUCAUCCAAGGAAGGCAAAUGACUGCCGUUUUCUUUGACUUAAUGAAAGCAUAUGACACUGCUUGGAGAAGAGGUAUCAUAAAUACACUGGUAUCUUGGGGAAUUGGAAACCACAUGCUGGCGUUCAUUAACGGUUUUAUGAUGGAUAGAUCUAUUCAAGUGAGGCUAGGAAAAACUCUUUCUGACCCUUUCAUUCAAGAGAAUGGAAUUCCGCAAGGAAGCGUCCUGAGCUGUACUCUGUUCGCUAUUGCCAUCAAUGAUAUCGCCUCUUGUGUCGCCCCUCCGGUACAUUGUUCUCUCUUCGUUGACGACUUCGCCAUCUUUGUUACUGCAAAAAGGCUUUCUACAACGGAGCGUGCUCUUCAGCUCACUAUUAAUCGCCUUGUUAAGUGGUGCGGUAGAACUGGUUUCACCUUUUCUCUGCCAAAAACGAGGUGCAUGGUGUUCUCUAGGUUGCGCUCUGUCGAUGAACCAACACUUUUUUUAAAGGGUCAGAGAAUAACGCCUUGUGAAGAAAUUAAAUUCUUAGGCCUAAAGUUCGAUCGCCGCCUUACCUGGAUUUCACACCUUAAAAAUCUUAAGUCUAAAUGCCUUAAGCGGCCUCUAAACCUUAUCAGAGCUCUGAGUGGGACGAAUUGGGGGGCAGACAGGACCUGCAUGCUCAGGUUCUAUAAAGCCUUUAUACGCUCCUGCUUGGACUAUGGAUGUCAGGUUUAUGGAUCAGCGAGACCUAAUGCACUCAAGAUGCUAGACUCAAUCCACAACUCUUCUCUAAGACUGGCCACGGGAGCAUUGCGAUCUAGCCCUGUGAUUAGUAUAUAUGCCGAAACAGGAGAGCCUCCGCUUAGUCAUAGAAGAGUUCAACUUUCAUUGAAUUACGUCCACACACUCAUGUCCAAACCUCAAAAUCCCGCCUACGACUGGGUCCUAAACAAUUCACUACACGAUCAGUUCAUCACUAAACCGAGGCACCCUGCACCAAUUGGUGUAAGAGCUAUAUCAUACAAUUCUCAGAUAGGUCUAACCGAUUACGAGGUCAGGGAGUUGCAUCAGUGCGAUGUCCCGCCUUGGUCCGUAACUCCACCAGAAAUAAUCUUGAGCCUCUCCACCUUUAAAAAACAUACGACACCGGACACCAUAUAUCAUCAAGAAUUCCGUCAAAUCUUACAACAACUCUCUCCGUGCGAUGUGAUAUACACAGAUGGAUCAAAGGAUGGUCCGAGGACAGGUUGCGCUUUUGUUACUGCGGGUAGACGAUACGGUUUCCGACUCCCCAGCGACUCCUCUGUUUACACGGCUGAACUGACAGCUAUACAGAAGACCCUGAACAUUACGUGGUCUAGAACUGGUAAGUUGGUAAUCUGCAGUGACUCUCUUAGUAGUCUGCAAGCAAUUGGCGACAUGUACUCUAAGAACAUCUUGGUUCGAAGUAUCUGGUCCUCACUACACAAGCUACAGUCGGAGGGAGUGGCUGUUAUUUUUGUCUGGGUUCCCGGACACGUAGGCAUCCAUGGCAACGAGCUGGCGGACAGAGGAGCAAAAGAAGCUUUGGAGCUCCAACCAUUCACCUUACGGAUGGUGGCAUCAGACAUCACUCCUGUGGUGAAAGCCAAGCUAAAAGCUAUGUGGAGUUCCGAAUGGCAGGCGGUCUACAACAACAAGCUAAGAAUCAUCAAAGACUGCACAAGACCUUGGGGUACAGCUCAUCGCCGGAGUCGGCGUGAGGAGGUGGUGUUGUGUCGCCUUCGUCUUGGCCACACACUGCUCUCUCACGGCUUCCUUAUGAAUCGAGGGGACCCACCGAUUUGCGCCACAUGCGACACUGUUAUUACAGUGAAGCAUGUGCUGGUCGACUGUCCUUGCUACUCAAGGUGCCGUCGAGCUAUCAAUCUGCCAGCUUCGUUAAGGGAUGUGCUAGGUGAUGACGAAACUGUUGUGAGGAGGCUCUUCGCCUUUUUAACAGCAUCCUCCCUAGUAAGCAAGAUUUAA